AUGUCUCCUCUUCUCUUUUUUCUCUCUCUCUAUCCCAUCUCUCUCAUUUCCUUUGUUCUUUUUUUUAUUUUCAAAUUCUCCACUUUUUUCCACGUCACUGUUCAUUUUUUUUUUUUUCCUAUUAAUUUUCUUCCUUCUCACACUAAAGAGUUCUGGACCGGAUCGGUUGGCGAAUUGAAUCGUAAGAGAAUUGAAUCUCUGUUCAUAUGUCUCUAUCUAUCUAUCUAUCUAUCUAUCUAUCUAUCUAUCUAUCUAUCUAUCUAUCUUAGCCUGUUUAGUUCUAUCUAUCUAUCUGGAAAAUUGGAAUACACGAAUACACAAUAUUUGAAAAAUAAAUUAAACCCACGUACACAUAUCUAUCUAUCUAUCUAUCUAUCUAUCUAUCUAUCUAUCUAUCUAUCUAUUCUAUUCAAUUUUGCAAUCAACACCAUAACUUUUAAUAUCUAUCUAUCUAUCUAUUUAUCUAUCUAUUUAUCUCAGUCUGUUCAUAUCUAUCUAUCUAUCUAUCUAUCUAUCUAUCUAUCUAUCUAUCUAUCUAUCUCUCUAUCUCAGUCUCUGUCUAUCUCUGUCCAUCUAUCUAUCUAUCUAUUUAUCUCAGUCUGUUCAUAUCUAUCUAUCUAUCUAUCUAUCUAUCUAUCUAUCUAUCUAUCUCAGUAUGUUCAUAUCAAUCCAUCUAUCUAUCUAUCUAUCUAUCUAUCUAUCUAUCUAUCUAUCUAUCUUUUUACAUAUCUACUGAAACUUCUUACUAUCUAUAUGACUUCUAUUUAUGACCCCUCCCACUUCUCUUUUCUUAUUUCUCUUUGCAAACCACUUUUUUUCUCGUCUAUUUUCUGCUCUCCGGCUAAGACAACUGCCUUUUACCCCUCCUCCUUCUGUAAUCGAAGGUCAAUUUGCAUUAUUUCAAUGCUAAUUUUAAAAUUUAUCUCUUAUCUCGCCACUAAAAUGCUGGCGCAACAUACUCUUCUUAGCCUUAAUUUCCUGCAUAUUAUUCUCCAAAAUCGUUAUUUGUAUCUGUUUUUAUAUUUUUCACACCCGAUUUUAUUUUGUCUUUGUUUUUAUCUUUUUGGGGAAUUUUCUUUUUACAUUCCUUUAUUUAAAACUCCUUCUUUUGUUUACUUCUUUUCUAUGAUUCCUUACUUGUGUUCGUUUAUAUUUUUUUAUUUCUAUCUAUCUAUCUAUCUAUCUAUCUAUCUAUCUAUCUAUCUAUCUAUCUAUCUAUCGAUCUCUCUCUCUAUCUAUCUAUCUAUUUUUCUUUUUAAAUUAUCCACAGGAUUCUUUUUUUUCAUUUUUCAAUACAAUUUCUUUCUUUCUUUCUUUCUUUCUUUCUUUCUUUCUUUCUUUCUUUCUUUCUUUCUUUCUUUCUUCUCACAGUCAUGGAUUCUUUUGUUAACCUUAGCGUAUUUCUCUUCUUUCUAUUACUUCUCUCUUCUCUAUCACGUUCUCUCUUUCUUUCUUUCUUUCUUUCUUUAUUUAUUUAUUUCUUUCUUUCUUUCUUUCUUUCUUUCUUUCUUUCUUUCUUUCUUCUCACAGUCAUGGAUUCUUUUGUUAACCUUAGCGUAUUUCUCUUCUUUCUAUUACUUCUCUCUUCUCUAUCACGUUCUCUCUUUCUUUCUUUCUUUCUUUUCUUUCUUUUCUUUCUUUCUUUCUUUCUUUCUUUCUUUCUUUCUUUCUUUCUUCUCACAGUCAUGGAUUCUUUUGUUAACCUUAGCGUAUUUCUCUUCUUUCUAUUACUUCUCUCUUCUCUAUCACGUUCUCUCUUUCUUUCUUUCUUUCUUUCUUUCUUUAUUUCUUUCUUUCUUUCUUUCUUUCUUUCUUUCUUUCUUUCUUUCUUCUCACAUCAUGGAUUCUUUUGUUAACCUUAGCGUAUUUCUCUUCUUUCUAUUACUUCUCUCUUCUCUAUCACGUUCUCUCUUUCUUUCUUUCUUUCUUUCUUUCUUUCUUUCUUUCUUUCUUUCUUUCUUUCUUUCUUUCUUUCUUUCUUUCUUUCUUCUCACAGUCAUGGAUUCUUUUGUUAACCUUAGCGUAUUUCUCUUCUUUCUAUUACUUCUCUCUUCUCUAUCACGUUCUCUUUUCUUUCUUUCUUUCUUUCUUUUCUUUCUUUCUUUCUUUCUUUCUUUCUUUCUUCUCACAGUCAUGGAUUCUUUUGUUAACCUUAGCGUAUUUCUCUUCUUUCUAUUACUUCUCUCUUCUCUAUCACGUUCUCUCUUUCUUUCUUUCUUUCUUUCUUUCUUUCUUUCUUUCUUUCUUUCUUUCUUUCUUUCUUUCUUUCUUUCUUAUUAUCUGCAUGUUUGUAUCUUUUUUUUUUCUUUUUAA